AUAAUUGAUUCUAUAAUCAAUGGUAUUAGUAUAUAUCUGUGAUGUCAAUAAAUAUUGAAUUACAAUAUUACAAAUUCUUGGUUUGCUGACUGCUGUAGACUUGAGAAAAUGCCGAAGUGGAUUAGUCGUAUAGCUAAUGUGUUUAUAAAGUGCCUACCAGUUCGAGGUCAGGUCAAGAAACAAUAUAAAGAUUAUGUUUGUCAAAUUUCUAUAUUAAAAAAAGAAUUGGGAUUAAAUAAAAACUUACUUGGCAUGACUAGACUCCGUAUAUGUGACACAAAAAUAAGCAUAAUUAACUAUACAUUUAAAUCGGAGGAGCAAAAUUCUAUUGAUAUUAUGAUAUCAAGUAUUACAGAUGUCGGUGUUGACGAGACAAUUUUUUAUAUUUUCCUGAAAGAUGAUUCACCAUUAGGAUAUGGCCAACUAUGGAUGGAAACAUAUGACACAAAAAUAUCUUUAAAGCUACAUGAUAUCAUACGCGAAACGUUCUAUAAUAAAACUCAAAAGCAAGUUGAGAAUGGUGUCCCACUAUGCACGAAAAUCUGAACGACAAACAUGGUCGGAAGAAAAUAUGAAAAAAGCUAUAUCUAUAUUUUAGAAAUACUGGGUUUAAUAAAUAACAAUUAUGAUCAAUUGAUUUAUAUAAAUACAAAUUAUACUCUUUCAUAAUUAUACUUAA